GGCUCAACCUAUGUUUCUGUAGUACGCAGGGUACAUGUACAUGUCAAUGUAGUACGUGUAGUCCCUAAUACAAAUAGUGUCUCAAGUAAGACAACACGGAGAAGAGAAAUCAAAAUCCCAUCGAUCUUUCCCAACAAGACUGAACCCUUCCUCCUCUCCGGAAUCAUGAGCCAAUCCCAAUCUCCGUCGCUUCCGGCGGGUUCCACCCCUGAUGGGGAUCUUUUAGACAAGGAAUGGACGAAAAUCGACGGGCCCCAAGUUCGAACCGUCACGGCUGUCGUGAUUGGAGCCGGGAAUCGUGGUCAAAACUACGCCAAUUUUGCCCUCGACUUCCCUUCUCGGAUGCGGAUUGUGGCCGUGGCUGAAUGUCAACCCCAUCGAUUGGCCCGAAUGCGGCAGAACUUUGGAUUAUCAACCGAUGUCUGCUUCUCCGAUUGGCGGGACUUGUUGGCCAAGGAGAAGAUGGCGGAUAUGGCCAUUGUGGCCACACAGGAUCGGAUGCACCGUGAACCUGCCAUAGCUUUGGCUCGCCAAGGCUACCAUCUCUUGUUGGAGAAGCCCAUGGCCGUGGAUGAAGCCGAAUGUGAGGAUAUCGCCCGCGUUUGUCAAGAGCAAAACACUUUGGUGGCGGUCUGUCAUGUCCUCCGAUAUUUCCCACCUUGUGUAAAAAUUCGGGAGAUCAUUGAUAGUGGAGCCAUCGGUCAAGUGGUGACCAUCAAUCACGUGGAGAACAUCUUGUACUGGCAUUUUGCUCACAGCUUUGUGCGGGGCAAUUGGCGCAACCUUUCGGCUAGUACGUUUUCGUUAUUGGCCAAAUGUUGUCACGAUAUCGAUCUAAUUAUGUAUUGGAUGGGCGACCGGAGAUGCACCCAGAUCCAAUCUUUUGGAGGCUUGUAUCAUUUCCGGGAGUCUCAAAAACCCAAGAACGCCACGGAUCGUUGUAUGAAUUGUCCUGUGGAAACGGAUUGCGCUUUUUCGGCCCAAAAAAUCUACCUCAAAAGCGAAAAUCAACGACCGCGAUGGCCGAUGUCGGCUGUAUGCGACAUUGAAGAUCAUCCCCGCGGAUAUAAAGCCGCUCUCACCGAGGCCUUGACCACGGGACCAUACGGUCGUUGCGUUUACGCUUGUGAUAACGAUGUUUGCGAUCACCAAACGGUCAAUAUGGAAUUCGAGACUGGGGCCACGGCGGUCAUGACCAUGAAUGCCUUUACCCGUAAUAUGUGUCGCGAGACGCGAAUCUGCGGCACCAAGGGCGAAUUACGAUGGGAUGGCUCUUCCAAAGGGCCGAUCUUCGUUUACGAUUUCAAUACCAACGCCGAGAAAGCUGUUCGUCCGGAUUUGAUUGCCCCACCUUGCCGCACAUCCGGACAUGAUGGCGCCGAUUUCUUCUUGGUCAAUGCCUUUUUGAAAGCUGUGGCAUCCAACGAUCCGGGUUUGAUUUCUAGCGGCAUUCAAGACUCCCUGCGGUCGCACAAACUGGUAUUUGCGGCCGAGAAAUCACGCCUAUCGGGAACCAUUGAAUCGGUUGACAUUUAAUUAUCAUAUCUCACUUAAAGGUGAAGUUAUUUAGAAAUGAGUACAUCGCAUUGACCAAUUUUCAAAAAAAUACAGUUCAAUCGUUCAUUUUGCAUUCUCGCACUUCAUUCGUUUAUCGUGGAAACUAAAGGAAAGGAAUCAAAAGUUUAAUGUAAAAUUGGUGGCCUUCAUUUCUAG